UCGAAAUGCGUGGGCGGCCGCUCCUCUUGUUACUGCUCCUAUCUGGACUUGUACUGGUGGCCGGCAUGGCAGACGUUUGGGUGGAUUUACAUUCGCCCAGGUUCGUGGUACACCAUCACAGUGCCACUUUGCGCUGCGACCACAACAUCGACCCACAGGCACUUUAUAAGGUGGUGUUUUUCAAGAACGCUCAGCGCAUUAUGAAGUACGUGCGCGAACGGGAUCCGCCUUUCGAAUUAUACAAUAUCACUGGAGCCGAAAUCAAUCUAAUGAAACUGACGCCAACAUCGAUAACUUUGGACAAGAUGGAUUUCACCGCAUCGGGGUCGUACGCGUGUGAAGUUGCCAUCGAGACUCCGCUCUUCUACUCCAAAGUGUCCAGGAUACAUGAACUUACAGUAAUUGUUCGCCAAAAAUUUCGUCCAAAGAUAAAAAUAAAACACAAAAAGCUGACAUCGACCGAAUAUUUGGACGCAACGUGUCAGAGCACCCCUGCGCACCCCCCACCGCACCUCACCUGGUUCAUAAAUAACGAGAAGGUCGACGAGAGGCUUACCAUCCCGCACGGAACAACAACAGCUCACCGCGCCCAUCACGGUAUGCAGCUUUCCGUGACCAGCUCAUCGCUACAUUUCCCCCUGUCAUCAUUAACGCUCUUCCCGAACCAGACUGUGGAUAUCACCUGCCUAAGCACUAUACCAAGCUAUCCCAGCAACGGAGAGGGAUUUGCUGAUGUACAGAACCAUACAAUUUCUGUGAACGUGGUCCGCAUCGAGCCCGCACCUACCCAGCUGCCUGUCAAAAUCAUUAGCUCGGACCCCAAUUUAUCGGCUCAACGCAAAAUAGACCGUAUGCUAAUCGCUCUGUUGUUGUUUGCAUGUCAUUUUAUUUCUGAAAGUAUUAAUUCCGUUUAAAGAUAGAUAAAAAUCACACUCUGCAAAUGUAAGGUGCAUUAUUUACCAAGUCUACGCAGCUCUUCUCCUGUAAACAACUUUUAACCUCUUAAU